AUGGCCACCUCGGGAAUAGCGACCCCAGAAUCCUUACUCGGACACGACCUAGGCCUUUGCUGUGAACCACCGACAGUGCUCUCUGAGAUGCGGAAGCUCAAGGUGACGCUGAGAGGCUGGCCGAGGGAGAUGGACGAGGACGACACGUGGGAAGACUGCCGCAUGCUCCAUCUACUCUGCGAGAUACUGACCGACUUUCUGGAUCUGAGCCAGGUCAGUCUGACGGUUGCCCUGAGGUACGCAAAGCCUUUUACUUGGAAUACUUACGAGCGACCGGAAUCGGUGCUCGGAGCUCUGUCGUUGCUGCGAAACCUCAAGUCCGCCAAAGUCUGUGGCAUUGACCGAUCUUAUGCUGCCCAGCUGGAGGCGUUGAUGAUGAAGUCUGGGCGCAUCGAGAACAUCUGGAAAAUGAGAAGAGCUCUCCAAGAGUGGUGUGAAUGGUGGACUGGCGACCGGGAGACAGACCUGGACGGGGACGUGCCGGACGCUGUGUACGAUUCCGAUAUUGAAAGGUUCAAACUACUUCGUUCAGACAUCAUUCGUGGGCAGCAAGCUGAGAACCACCCCAGCGUUCGGGAUGUCUUCCAAUAUGACCUGGACCCAACCCAGGAGCAUGAAGCAUUGCGAGCUGGCUAG